ACAUUUGACCCGUUGGAUGGCAAUUAAACGGCGUGUCGUUGCAUUGCAGUCUUAAAUAAACUUUUCGUUGCAUUGCAGUCUCAUCACUAUUUUCAGAUUUUCUCUGCUUCAGUGUUCCAACAAGAACAAGAAUCAUGGUGUGGGGUCUUCUCCCCGUUGAUUCUCUUUCCGGUGAAGAUAAUUACUACAUUUUCAAAACUGGAACUUACAAAGUUGGUCGAAAAGGUUGCGAUGUGAUCAUCACUAAAGAUAAAGGGGUUUCUCGGGUCCAUGCAGAAAUAGUUGUUAAUACAAUGAAGAUGUUAAAUCCUCGUCAUUUGUCUGCCAGUGUACAGAUAAGAGAUUGCUCGAAGUAUGGGACAUUUGUGAGCAAGAAUGUUGGGCUCAAGAAAAAAGUUCAUGAGCAACCAAACAAAGAAGCAGCAUUACAGGAUGGCGACCUAGUUUCUUUUGGCACUGGUAGUGCUACCUACAAGUUUUGCUACGUCCCCCUCAUUCUUUUCAACUGUUCCUCAAAUCAAGUGGAUCGAUCUCUUGAACAGAAAAUUUCAUCAAUUGGUGCUAGUAUUGCUCAUACCUUGAAUGAAGAGUGCACACACGUGCUGGUAGAUCAACUCAUGCCCUUAAAGAAGGAUCUUGUUGAAGCAGUUGUGGCGAAAAAAUAUUGUGUUCUCAAAACUUGGCUUGAGUUUUUUGCAGAAAAGAACAUUAGCAAUGAAAUUCCUAGCUGUCAUUCACAUAUUCCGACAGUGUCAGUGGAAGGAGCUUCUAUCAAAGUUGCUGACCCUAAAGCUCGCGAAAACUGUUUGAAAGGAUACACUUUUGUAUUGGAAUCUGUGCAUUUGUAUAAGUUUGGGGAUCAGCUAAAGUCUUUAUUGGAAGUAGCUGGUGCUAAAACUAUUUCAUUUCAAGAAUUCUCUUCAAAUAGCCAAGGUUCAGAUUAUGGAGAUGAUAAUCGUAUGGUUUGUGUCAUCCCAGGAGGAGCCGCAUGCAAACCUGAUAUCUUCAAUAAAUUACUAAGUUCCUUGCUAAAAGUCAAUGAGAUGGAUAUAAUAAAUGCUGCUCUUAGUGGAGAUCUAGAUCUGUCAAUUUUAAAAUCACCAUGCGUGGUUAUUUCAUCGUCAUGCUCUACAGACGAGACAAUUGUAGCAGAUUCGGAUACUGAAGUUGAAACAGCCACAUCACCCUACGCAAACGAGGCAAACGAGGCAAACGAGGCAUUAUGUGAUGGCACUAAUGUAAAGUAUGUAAAAUCGGAAGAAUUGGAUGAUGAUUCUGGAACUUCAGACAAGAGAGAAAAUGAGAGAAUGGAGGCACCCUUAAAUGAUGUAUCGACCAGUUUGCAUAAGAGGAAAAAUGAUAGAAUGGAGGCAUCCUUAGAUGAUGUUUCUACCAGUUUGUAUGUAACAAAACGUGCAAAAACAGAAAUGUCCCUGGAUGUUUCUGUCCGAUCUGAUACACAUGCUACCAGCUUCAAGGAUGGUACUGUCAGUGUCAAAGUGAAGAAAGACGAGGUUGAUAAUUAUGCAAGUGGAAAUUCAGAUAUUGUUUACAGCGAAAAUUUAAUUGUUCGAGAUACAAACAUACUUGCCAACAGAAGUUCUGCACUAAACAACAGAGUUCCAAAUUUCAAACGCUUUCGAAAGCCACAAACUCAAUCUGGAAAUAGUUUCAACAACCUUGUUCCAUUUGCAAAAUAUCCAUACAAGGAUUCUGACUAUGGAAAUGAGGAGAGAGCUGAGUACGUGAAGGAGGAGAAAAGACGAAAACAAAGAGAAGCUGUGGCUGAUGAUCUAUUUAUUAAUAAUCAGAAGGGAAAAAAGAAAGGCACGGCUGGUUCUCUUCACGGCAUUCUUACUAGAUGAAACUUUUUUCCUGUGAAAAAGUGGACAUGUUGUAGCAGAGGGCUUUCUCCUUGGAUAUGAACUUUGAACAUACUGCGCAUACACGCGUCUCAAUUACAGGUCAGCUGAGUCCUCCUGUUUGUGUUUUGAUUGAGAACAAAAAGAAGUUGUUGGCCCUAUAUGGUGACACUGUUCCAUUGAGAUGAAGAUUGAAGGAUCUAUCUUGUUUCCAUUGUUAGAAUACGUAGUAAACAAAUAGAAAUCGUGUUUCAGGUCGGCUGACAUGUGAAGGUUUGUGGCACAAAUUCAAUUUGUAUGGUUAAAAUCAUAUUUAUUCUCUUCCUUUGUCACAGACAGAACCUGUUGUUGACUUGUUACAUAUUUCUAUUCUUUUUGUACAAAAGGAAAUAUUAGUUGAACUACAUGCUAGUUUUUGUUUCUUUC